GCGGCGCGGGCCCCACCCGGCGCGGCGGUGCGGCAGCAGGGCCCGCGGCGCGCGGACAAUACCGGGGGGCGGCGGCGGCUCGGCCUCCAUCGGCACCGCUCGGCCCCUUUCGGUCUCCAUCGGUAUCGCUCGGCCUCCAUCGACACCGCUCGGCCCUGCCCGGCCCCGCUCGGCCCUGCCCGGCUCCACCCCGACUGGCCCCGCCCCGACUCGGCCUCGCUCGGCUCCACUCGGCCUCUCUCGGCCCUGCCCGGCCCGGCCCCGCUCGGCUCGGCCCGGCCCGGCCCGGCUCCAUUCGGCUCAGCCCGGCCCGGCCCAGCUCCGUUCGGCUCAACUCGGCCCCGCUCAGCGCGGCCCGGCCCGGCCGGCACCAUGCUGGCGCUCUUCAACAAGCUGCUGGACUGGUUCCGGGCGCUGUUCUGGAAGGAGGAGAUGGAGCUGACCCUGGUGGGGCUGCAGUACUCGGGCAAGACCACCUUCGUCAACGUUAUCGCGUCAGGGCAGUUCAAUGAAGACAUGAUCCCAACAGUGGGUUUCAACAUGAGGAAGAUCACCAAAGGGAAUGUUACCAUAAAGCUCUGGGACAUCGGCGGGCAGCCGCGGUUCCGCAGCAUGUGGGAGCGAUACUGCCGCGGAGUGAGUGCCAUCGUGUACAUGGUGGAUGCUGCUGACCAGGAGAAGAUAGAGGCCUCUAAGAACGAGCUGCACAACCUGCUGGACAAGCCGCAGCUCCAGGGCAUCCCGGUCCUCGUCCUGGGGAACAAGCGGGACCUGCCCGGUGCCUUGGAUGAGAAGGAGCUCAUUGAGAAGAUGAGCCUCUCUGCCAUCCAGGACCGAGAGAUCUGUUGCUAUUCCAUCUCCUGCAAAGAAAAGGACAACAUUGACAUCACCCUACAGUGGCUUAUCCAGCACUCGAAGUCCAGGCGAAGCUGAGGUCCCGCGGGCCUGGCUCGGAUUGGGAAGAUGCCAUUGUACAAGCCCAUGCCCCUCUCUCCUGCUCUGUCCCUCCAGCUCUCUCUCUAGAUGGGUAUUUUUAGGGGACCCCAGACUCUGCUCACCUUGGGGCAGAGUCCUUGUUUUUAUUGUAAAGAAGAUGUCCGACUGCCCUCCUCUCCCCCUCUCCUCUCCUCCCCCCUCUCUUCCUCCAUUUUGGCACUGUUCUGUUGUUGUCUGUGUAUACAGUAUAUAUAUAUGUAUAUAUAUUUUAAUUUUUUAAUUUAAAGGAUAGUGCUGUUAUUAAAUUGGGCCCUGUGAGCAUUAGGAAAGCUGGGGCUCCCUGAGGCCAGCCAAGGGUCAGCGUCGGGAGGAGGAGGAGGGUGGCAGCAGAAGGCAGCUCUUGUGGAUGGGGCUGUGCCAGCUGCAGGCAGGUCCCCUGGGGCUCCCUCUUCGCUGGGUGUUCUGCUGCUGCCUCCAGGCAGAGACCACCCUGGGGGUGUUGGGGGUGCCCACCUUGCCCUGCCUGCCUUGGGCUUGUGGUGAGGAGGGUGUGUCAAUGCCACCUGCAGGCUCCUCACCCCUCUGGGGACAGGCAUUAGCCACAAGCCACUGCCAUCACCCUCCCCCUACUGCCUCCACUUCCCCAACCCCUCUUUGGGGCCCAGGGCCACUUGUCCCUCUGCCCCACGUGUCCCCUGCUCUUGUGCCUGGGGCUAAUCCUGCCCAUUGCCCAGCCUGGCUGCUCAGGGGACAAUCUGGGGCACUGGUACCAGUGCUGGGGGCCCAGCAAUGCCAGCAGCCCCUGUGGGGGCAGGGGGCUGGCACCUGCCUCCCACCUGUCCCAGGGCUGCCUCAGCCCCACGUAACCUCUCAGGACAGCUGUGCUGGCACCCCACAGGCCAAGUGGCAUCGCCUGUGCCCGGCUGGGGCUGCUGGCUCUGCCCUGGCCAGGGACAGCCCUUGGGAUGCCAGAGAGGGAGGGGCACAUGGAGCCACCUGGAGACACGCACAGAGCACCUGUGCACCCUCAGUGCUGCUCACCAGACCCAGGGGUGUGCCCCAUGCCUGUUCCCCAUGUCCUGCUCCCUGUUCCCUACUCCAUUCCCUGCUCCCCGUGCUUGCACCACAUUCCUACUCCCUGUGCUCUGCUCCUUGUGCCUGCUCCCCAAGCUCUGCUCCCCAUGCUCUGCUCCCCAUGCUCUGCUCCCCAUGCUCUGCUCCCCAAGCUCUGCUCCCCAUGCUCUGCUCCCCAUUCCUGCUCCCCAUUCCUGCUCCCCAUUCCUGCUCCUCAUUCCUGCUCCCCAUUCCUGCUCCUCAUUCCUGCUCCUCAUUCCUGCUCCUCAUUCCUGCUCCUCAUUCCUGCUCCCCAUUCCUGCUCCUCAUUCCUGCUCCUCAUUCCUGCUCCUCAUUCCUGCUCCUCAUUCCUUCUCCCCAUUCCUGCUCCUCAUUCCUGUUCCUCAUUCCCUGUUCCCCAUUCCUGCUCCCCAUUCCUGCUCCCCUUUCCUGCUCCCCAUUCCUGCUCCCCAUUCCCUGCUCCCCAUUCCUGCUCCUCAUUCCUUCUCCCCAUUCCUGCUCCUCAUUCCUGCUCCUCAUUCCCUGUUCCCCAUUCCUGCUCCCCUUUCCUGCUCCCCAUCCCCGCUCCCCAUUCCUGCUCCUCAUUCCCUGUUCCCCAUUCCUGCUCCCCUUUCCUGCUCCCCAUUCCUGCUCCCAUUCCUGCUCUCCAUUCCCUGCUCCCCAUUCCUGCUCCCAUUCCUGCUCCCCAUUCCUGCUCCCCAUUCCUGCUCCUCAUUCCUGCUCCCCUUUCCUGCCACCCCCUGCCCUGCUGCCCUGGCUGGGAGGCACGGGAGCCAUGGGGCAGCAGGGCUGGCUUGGACGGUGGUCAGGUCUGUGUCUGCAGAGGGUGGAGGUCUGUGCAAGUCCUGUGGGGUGAGAAGGGCUGUGCCUGUCUGUGCCUGUCUGUGCCAUGGGCUGGGGCUCUGAGGAGCAGCCCGGGGGCCUGGCCAGGUUGUUUGGGGCCAGUCUGGGGGGCCUGGGCUGGCACUGAGGGUGGGCGUGCAGGGGAGCAGCCGCCGGUCCCAGUGCAGGGCUGGGGCGUAGGGUGGGGAUGGCUGGGGGGCUGCAAGGCCCCUCUCAGCCUCUUCCCACUCGGCUCCAGGGUGUCAGAACCUUCUGUUCUUGUUUUUGCAGAAUUGCACAAAGAGAGGUUUCUUUAUGUUUGGUUUUUUUUUGUUUGUUUUUUUUAAUUUAAUGACUUGUAAAGUGUUGUUGCCCCCCCACCCCCCCCCCUUUUUUUUUUUGUAAGAGAUAUUUUGACUCAGACUUGACCUCUGUUGGGAAAUGAUACUUGUAACUGUACAAUUUUUUUGCCUCCUAAUAAUAAAUUAACAAUUUUGCGUUG